UAUGAAAGUCAAAAGUAGCUUAGAAAGAAUGGAAACUAAGAAGAUGAAAAGGAAAGCGCUGGCAGAAAUCCAAAACAACCCGGAUAGAAUCGUCAGAGGCUUUUUUGAACCAGAACAAGAGAAAGAAGACCCAAAAUCUAUAAAACCCUACACAAAGGAUAUUCUUUUGCAUUAUACAAAAGAAGAGAGCAAAUACAUGCCUUCGCCAGAUUACAUGUCAUCACAGGAGGAAAUUAAAUGGGCAAUGAGAACAGUUCUUAUAGACUGGAUUAUAGACGUACACUACAAGCUUAACUUACUCCCAGAGACGCUGUACCUGUCAGUUAAUUUAAUUGAUAGAUUCUUAACACGGCGAGUUGUGAGUAUAGGAAAGCUGCAGCUGGUAGGAGUGGCAGGCCUGUUGAUAUCCUCCAAAUUUGAAGAAGUUGCUUCUCCCUCGGUUGAGACGUUUGUGGUGCUUACCGACAGAAGCUUUACAGAAAAUGAAAUACUCCGGGCAGAAAAGUACAUGCUGCACUGCUUGGACUACAAGAUAAGCUAUCCGUCGCCGCUUAACUGGCUGAGGCAGUGUUCACAGGAUGAAGAGGUUGAAAAGCUUGCAACGGUCAUUCUAGACUCUACGCUGCCAGAAGAGGCAUUUUUAGUGUAUACCCCCUCUAUUAUAGGGUCAUCUGCAGCGUACAUAGCAAGAGAUGUUUUAUACGGCAAUAGUGAUGAUUUUAAUGAAUUUCAUCGGUUCACACCCCAUGAUUUAGGAGAUCUGUCCAGUUGUAUAUGCGAGGUUAAAAAAUACCUAGAAAAGCCUAUUCUCCACAGCUCUAUCUUUAAAAAGCACAGCACCUCACUUACUAAGCAUUUGAGCAUCCGCCGUAGUAAAUAGAUGUAAUCACGUGCAGCUGUAUAGUUCUUAAUUAGAGUUGUAUGGUGCCUAAGUAAUAAUUAAUCCUAAGAGUUUGUGCUCUCCAAUCA